UGCGACGUGUUGUUCUGUUAUAGUUGGAGGAAUCAUUGAGCAUUCAUGCAAAAGGAAGCCGCGUAUUUUAAUUGAAAAAUUUACGCACUCGCUGAAUCGCUCCCUAUUUGAAUUAUCUUACACCGGCAAUCGUGACUCCUUAAUAAACGUGAUGGUGAACGCUGGGAUUUCUUUUCGUGAGAGAACGAUUUGUUUAUGCACAAAGAGCGCACGUGGCACCAUAGGAACCCUCACUCCACUGCAAAGUUACCGAUAGGGCCUGGAUGGUUUGUUACCGUCGUUCAAAGAUGGUUUAGAAGAAAGGGUGGUGGAUCUCACUCGCUCGCGAAGUAGGAGUAGUAAGCGUGGUUGUGCGAGAGAGAAGCGGAGUUGUGUUAACUCGAAACGACGACCGCCCGAGUGAAGGGUACCUCUUUAGCACCGAUAUACCACAUAGCGUCUGCUGGUCCCAUACUAGUAGAGAAGCAUACAAAGAAGGAAUAAAAAACUAUUGACAAAUUGUUCAAGCAAUAUUACACAGUUAAUUCAAAAGGGUACUAAAUAAAAACAGAAGUUUUAUUUUAUUUUCACUUUAACAUUUUAAUAAGUUGAAACGCAUUGGGCAAUUUUAAGAAACAGGAGAAUAAUAUUCUCCUACAGUGUUACCUGUCCAACUUUUUUAUGAAUUCUUUAAUUUUCUCUAUAAAACAUUUAAGUGUAGCUUACCAUGGCGCAUAGCACUUCCGCUCGGCCGCGAUUGCUCGUAGCUGUAUUCUUGAUAUUCGAUAUUUCCUAACAAGAGGCUUAUGUUUCCUGUCGGCUCAAUAGUCAAUAACGGUUGUUUGACCAUUGCAUGCGUGCCGCUUUGCCAUUGUCCGGUCCGGGAAUAAUUAACAAGAGUGCCUGCUGCCUAACUCUCGUCCGUUUCUUGAAUAAAUAACGACAAACUGAAGGAAUAUUUCAUGCCCUGUUGGACGGAGUGGAUACGGAUCUAAAUGUCGGCGGCCGACAUACCACAGUCAGUCACGCAAAUGUACGAGACGACUCAGGACCCUUAUGCCAGUUUUAAGAGUUGGCAUUACAAGUAUGUGUGUUAAAAGUAUUCGAUAUUUAAGUUAUAUAACUCAUGAUUCCGUUUACUUUUUUUCUCUUGUUAUUGCUUCCUCCACAAGACUACGUAAUACGGCCAGUGUUUUUGUUUAUUAUGACCAAGAGCGUUAACUAAUAGUGAACACUUGAACAUUCAGACUAGCUAUUGGCGAUUGUCUGGAGAACUGGUGGUACACUAGGAUCCAUAUCUUACCUUACCUGUUAUGGCUGUUAUUCAAAAUGGGCAAGAGUUUUAAACUAUAAGCCCCGGUGUGCCAGUCUAUAGUGCAAACAAACAAAAAAAUUCCCGUGGCGGAGGACAACUUCUGUCUUUGAAAUGUGCGAUGAUGUCCAUUAACGUGCAGUGUCGUGUAUGUUCGUCAAAUGUGUUUCAUUUUAUUUCGAUUCUCUAAGUCAGCGGAAGAGGUUCGUCAACACUACAUGCAGUCGGUAUUUAUUGACCCAGUUGCGCAAUAGCUACGUGACCGCGCCUUCCAGACGGUGCUUAUCAGUUAAACCCUCGGCAAUGGGCUUGCACAACUGAUAAAAGCAACUGUGUUUGAUCUGUACGUACUUUACGGUUGACUGUACUUAGAGACGAGAUCGGAGAGAGACCUCACUCGGUGUCACAAAAGACUUCAAAGUGCAAAGUCCGCAAACGAACAAUCCCCUUCUUCGUAAGGUGCAGCUACAUUUUGUUUUGUGCGAUCGUUUUCUGUUUGUUGACAAUGCGGCUAUGCCGUAGUGGCCAUGUCUAUCAUCUUUUGAACCAGUCACGUGAAGAAUGCGCCUUCACUUUCUCCGACUGCCCACGGAGAUGGCGUUCCUUAUCGGUUACCCGCCGCCACAUCUUUUUCGCCACCUCUUUGCUUCUUUUUGUCAUUGUGUUGGCCUACAAUUUUUUCACUUCUGAAAUAUACCUUCAUCAGAUGAAUCCUCGGGUGAAUGUGCGGAGAACUGUUAGAUCCAGAUGUUGUCUAGCAGGUACUACCAGUGGCCCCGACAUGUGUGGACGUCCGGAUUGCGUGUGGCCGUGCCCAGUGCCGAAAUUGCCAGAGAACAAGCACCUAAACACGGUGCAAGAUAAAGCCUUUUUUCAUGAAACAUCUGGCGCCUCUUUUCUGAACUACCGCCAAGCGUGUGUCGUCGAAUCGUUGGCCUUCCACAAUCCAAAUCUAACCGUUCACCUUCUCAUGACCGGUUCAAAAAUCGAUACCAACACCGCGACAAUGAAGACGCUGAGACAGAACUACCCCAACAUUCAGAUCACUAGCAUUAAUUUAGGCGAUUACAUAGCCAACACUCCACUGGAACGCUGGUACUUUUGCACAGAGUGGAACCGUGGAUGGUUCGCCGUGUCCCAUCUCAGCGAUGCUCUCCGUUUUUUAACCUUGUCGAAGUACGGUGGUUACUAUUUUGACUUGGACGUCAUUCAACUUCGUCCUGUCACGUCUUAUCGCAAUUUUGUCGUAGCAGAAGAUAACGACAAACUCGGAUCGAGUGUCAUUCACGUUGAUCAUCAGCAUCCGGUCAUCCAGGCGGCUGUUGAAACAUUUUCAGCUGAUUACAAGUGGUAUGUUUGGUCUCAUAAUGGGCCUGACCUGGUUACCCGGAUCCUACAAAAGUGGUGUCAGGUUUACUACAUUAGUUGGAUGACGCCGAACCGCUGCCAUGGAUUUCGGAUUUUAGCCCCCAAGUCCUUCUAUCCAGUGCACUACUUUCACUGGCGAGAUUAUUUCUAUAAACGGGACGACAAACCUCAGGACAAGUUGAGCUGGGAUGAGUCCGUUGUAGGUGCGCACGUCUGGAACAGUUUGAGCUCGAAAUGGGUGGUUAAUAAAUAUUCGAACCAAUAUUACGCUCAGAUGGCACGUUCGUCGUGCCCUCGCGUCUUUGAUGUAGCACCUGAUCAAUUUUAAAUCAUUGUAUUCGUCUAUUUUUUAAUAAAAAGAAUUAAUUACUUUUGGA